UGCAAGAGCAAAUUACACAGCAAACUGUGUUUAAUAAUACACAGUUUAAUGAUAAUCGUACAAAUCUCAAAAGGAAAUUGCCACUUUGCAAUAUUACAGAUGUUUCUCCCAGCAAAAGAUUGUAUGCACAUAACAGAGCAAGUGAUUUAAAAACCAUUUGCGAAAAAUCUCAACCAAAAUUUACCUGAUACUACAAUGAAAAGGUGUCUGCCAGAUACUAAUUGUUCCGAGAGUUCAGAUGUUUCACCUAGCAAAAAAUUGUGUCCCUCAAAUGUUUUUGAGUCGGAUCCUGCAAAAGAUGUUGCCAGCAAUUUGGAAUCAAACGAAGCUCGUAAAAAUAUGAAAAGACACAUGCCAUACAUUGAUGUCUCAGAUAUACCUCCGACGAAACAGUUUCGUUUUUAUGAUGGACCGUAACCAAUGUGCAUGUCGCGAAAAGAUUUUGCUACAGACGAAGCUUGGUCACGUUUCCUGAAAUUUACCAUAUACAAACAAAGACAAGCCGCAUCGUGCCGUAAGAAAAAUCUACGAAAAUCGAAACAAAUUGGAAAUAUUAAAGAACUUGUCUCAAAAUUGCGAGAAGAAAAUGCAACUGCCGCAGCUGACUACUUACAGGAACUCCCUGAGCACGUCAAGCAAUUAAUUUCUAGAAUGAAGAAUAACAAACCAUCUAGUCCGUUUCCUGCCCAUCUAAAAACUUUUGCACGUAGUUUACAUUUUCACUCGCCAGCUGCGUACGAGAUGGUUCGUCAGAGUUUUUUAAAAUGUUUACCGUGUGUAGAAACCCUUAACAGAUGGUACUGUUCAAAAAAUUACAAACCUGGAGUAUCAGAAGAGAUAAUCAAUCACGUUUCCGAGAUGGUUCACGCCGAAUUAAAAAAAGGGAAAAAACCAGUUUUUAAUCUUACUUUCGAUGAGAUGGGUAUAAAGGAAUGGACGAAGUAUUGUAAGCAAACAAACGUGCUAGUCACAUACUAAUCAAAUAGAAUGCUACAAAGAAAUUAGCUACGUUCGUAUUGAGUAUUAUUAAAUACUGACAUGUGAAGCUGUGAAUUGUUCAGCUUAUCUUACCAUUUUUAGAAUAAUUUCCAGCUAAAAGCAACCAUGGUGGUAUAUUGAAAGAGGCAUUAAGUAGAGUGACUCUGUACAUUGGUUUUUAGGAUCAUUAUUUUUCGCUACCUUAUUAUUACCUUACUUUAUUACAAUUUUUUAGAAC